CUAUGUACUUGCAGAUGUAAUCAAAUUCCAAUCCAGAAUCAUGUAACCCUGCAGGUUGAUGAACUUUGCUUCCAAGAGAAGAGGAAGGAGAGAAGGCCUAUUGGCGUAGAUUAGCCUUCCAAAGGACACAAUGUGAGGAAGAAAAGGAAGCCCCGCCAAAAAAUCUUUGCACACGUCACGACGAUUAAAAGCUUUGCAUGGUGGCCGAUGAAUCCAAGCGGAGAGUUGAUAAAUGAAAUAUCCAUGACCGUAGACCACCUAGUUCGUUCAUGCGUGCCCAGGGAGGCGUAAAGAAAGCAUUCGAUCCUCAAAGUCCAGUGAAGGUUUAACCACUUCAACUUUCACUGCCCAUUCUCGGAACCCAGCAGGGCAUUUGGAAGAUCCAAUGUUAUGGUUCAUGAUCAAGGAUUCCCAUCCCUGCUGACCGCUCCUGAACUCAUGCCCCGCAUACUCGCACAACGCUGCUAAGAGCUAGCUGCGACUGAGAGCGUCUUAACAAGGAGGAAGGCGUCUUGGCUGUACAUAGAAGCUACCGGUGAGUAGCGUCUGAAGACCCCCUCUGCCUGUUCAGUCUGAUCUCGGAGCGCAAUUCUUCUGUCACUUGUCAAGAACGACCGACUGCCAUCAGCAUUACUCCGAAGAUAUCCGGAACUUCCAGGCAAUUGGUAGCGCACAUUCUCUGUGGGCUUAGGGUGGUCGCUCACAGAGUGUCAGAUAACGGACUGUGACAGCAGUGGGUCCUUUAGGGCAUUGGUAGCUUCAGGUACAGAGGUAUGAAAGAAGUUGAACAGUAGUGGACAUAUCAUGGACGGACAGGACGAUGAGAUUUGAGGAUCAGGAGAUUGCUAGCAGGUAGGAAUAUAAGGAGACAGGAGCGCAAAGGAGAUGUCAGCGACAGUGACUCCAGCCCCUUAUGAGCGUCCGCGGGGGCGUGGGUCAAAUCUGGUUUUCAAAAGCGGGCCACUUUUUAUAUCGUCCAAAGAGUCAAAUUGGGAACGUUUGGGAGUAAAUUUCCCCUCUGUGAUGUCACCGACCGAGAAGGCCAGGGCCACGGAUGUGAUACGCUGUUGACGGCUUCAUUAGUAAGACGAAUGAAUUCAGUAGUUCAUUCUCUCAGACGGCUUCUCUUAGUUUGGGCCAGAUGAAGACGCUCAUGUCAUUGGAGACUGUAUAAAGCACGUGUUGAGGGAGUUGCCAUCUUCACCAGUGCCCACCCCGUGCUGCACUGCUCUUCUUGAAGCUCAUAAAGAUAGUUGCUUGAUUAAUAAUUCGCAAUUCCACGAUGCAUGGAGAUUGAGGAGUACAUGGAGAAUUAAGCUUUAUAUUUCUCUGGAGGUGGACACCAUGCACUUACUCAGAAGAUCUACAGGUCGGGCAUCGGUCGUUUCCUCUCCUGAUCUGCCCGCUCUCCGCGAACGCUUCAGGAUGCUGGUGAUUCUAGUGCUAUGUUGCCUCCAGCUCGGUGCUUGCGCCGUUGGUCAGGAUGAUACCACCUUCGGAGAAAUAAGCAGAAUCGAGACUCUUGAUGAGACUCUCCAGGAUCCAGAUUUCGAUGCACGUGCAGAAUCGGUCGGGAAAGAGCAUGGCAGCAUCAACAUCGACAGUGGACUUCCUCCGGCUUCCUCCGUCGAAGGGCAUAUGAGCCAGCAACAAGCACACGGCGGUCAAAGGAGCCAGCGAGAGCUGCAGCAGUUUAGACUUGAGGACCAAGCCGUCGACACUUCGUUAACUAAUCGUCAUGAGCCUCUCCAUCGUUUUCAGGAGGAAUCUACACACUCCAGAAGAAUAUCUCGCACUUUGCUCCAAGACAGCUUCGGGGAGGUCGAUGCGCUCCUGCAAUUCAAGGCCGAAAUCGAAAACUACACGGACAAUGCUUUCGAUGGAUGGACAACGGGGAAUCGCUCCACCUACUGCUCGUGGACAAGGGUUAUCUGCGACGAUGAGCUGCACGUGAUCUCCCUCAACUUCUCCGCGCUGGAGAUGAACGGCACUUUGGGUCCAUCGUUGGGCAAGCUCGAAUACCUCGAGGACCUCGAUUUGAGCCACAAUUUCUUGUUGAGCGAGCUUCCUGUGGAAUGGGGUCGGCUGCAGAGGUUGCAGACCUUGAACGUCCACGACAAUUUUCUCUUCGGUGGAGUUCCUGCAGAGUACGGCAACAUGUCAAGCCUACGAGUCCUCUACAUUGGAGAACAGGGCGAGUUAUUCAAUGGGUUCAUUCCGGAGGAGCUGGGUUUACUUUUUGAGCUCGAGGUUCUGGCCCUGGGCACGCGCCUCAAUUUCGACUCCAAGCAAGAAAACUACCCUGACCGGUCGAACAGGAUGAGAGGCCACAUUCCCAAGUCCAUCGCCAAUUGCACUAAGCUGUGGUACAUGGAUUUCUCCGACAACUUCUAUCUGACGGGUCCCAUUCCGAGAGAGUACGGCCAGCUCGUCAAUCUGGAGUAUCUGAGCUUCGAGCAGAACGAUUUCACAGGCUCCAUCCCAUCCGAGCUGGGCAACCUUACGAACAUCAAGUUCCUGCACUUGCGAUACAAUGCCUUGGAGGGAGAGUUCCCCGUGGAGCUGGCGUCGCUGUCGGAGCUCAAGUUUCUGAACGUGGCGGACAACUUCCUGACGGGGAGUUUUCUGACAGUGGAGUCCCCUUCGUGGAGUCGGCUCGAAAAGCUCUACAUCAGCGGGAACAACUUUCAUGGCGGCUUUCCCAAAGCUGUGACGGCCAUGACGGCGCUGACGACGUUCGACAUGUCCAGCAACGAGUUCACCGGCAGCCUCCCCGAGAACCUGGGGCAGCUGGCCAACCUCCAAGCGUUUGAUUUCACAAUCAACCAGCUGGAUGGGAAAUUGCCUGACAGCCUCAACAACUGCACGCAGCUCUUUAUGCUGGGAGCAGCGAAGAACAAUCUCACGGGCACGCUGGAGCCGCUAAGAAACCUCUCGCUGCUCGUUCAUCUAAGAGCACAGUACAACAGAUUCACGGGCACGCUGGAGCCGCUGAGAAACCUCUCGCUGCUCGUUUUCCUGUUCGCAACGAACAACAGGCUCACGGGCACGCUGGAGCCGCUGAAAGACCUAUCGCUGCUCGAUACCCUGGACGCAAGGAACAAUAGGAUCACAGGCACGCUGGAACCGCUAAGAAACCUCUCGGCGCUCAAAUCACUGGAAGCAUGGAACAACAAUCUCACGGGCACGCUGGAGCCGCUAAGAACCCUCUCGCUGUUCAUUCUGACCGCAACGAACAACAAUCUCACGGGCACGCUGGAGCCGCUGAGAAACCUCUCGGAGCUCCGUACCUUGUACGUAGGGAACAACAGGCUCACGGGCACGCUGGAGCCGUUGAGAACCCUCUCGCUCUCCGGUUUGGACGUAGCAAACAACAGGCUCACGGGCACGCUGGAGCCGUUGAGAGCCAUCUCGCAGUUCAGAAUUCUAGACGUAGCGAACAACAGGCUCACGGGCACGCUGGAGCCGCUGAGAAACCUCUCGCUGCUCUUUAUACUGUACGCCUCGAACAAUAGGCUCACUGGCACGCUGGAGCCGCUGAGAACCCUCUCACUGCUCUCGGACGUUAUGGAAUACUUGCUCCUGAGCCACAACGAUUUUCGAGGCCCCAUUCCCGCCGAGCUCGGCAAGCUGCCGAACUUGGUAUUGCUCCUCUUGCACAAUAACGGGCUGUCAGAGCCCAUACCCACGAGUUUGGCCAACCUGCAGUACAUCCAAGAGAUCAAUCUGAGCAACAAUUUUCUGACGGGAGUAAUUCCUCCAGAGCUUGGGCGACUGCAGUUCAUGCAAUAUCUCAGCCUCCACAGCAACAACCUCACGGGAACUAUUCCCGCGCCUCUGGCAAACUGCGGCUCCCUGAGAAACAUCAGGCUAAGCAAUAACAAGCUCACUGGCAAUGUGACCCAGAUUGACUUCUUGCAGCUGCGAUCCCUCGAGAGCUUUUCUGUCAACGGGAACCAGCUGGGCGGAGAGUUUCCCGUGAGCGUAUACAACUGCACGGAUCUGAAGCUCCUAGACCUCAGCAGCAAUAAAUUCUCAGGAGAGCUCCCCGACAACUACGAGUACUCUCAGCAAGUGCUGCGCAAAUUGCGAGUUUUGAAACUAUCAUCCAACAAAUUCGGUGGCCGCGUGCCCGGCUGGAUCUGGAAGCUUUCGGAGCUGCAAGUUCUCGACUUGUCGCACAACUCGUUCACGGGAGUCUGGCCCACCAAUCUCUCGGGGUUGGAAGGCUUUAGUCGCCUCGAAGCGACGCCAGACGACGGCGAGGAAGGCGCCAGUAUCAGCGACGAGAUCCUCCCCAUACGGGUCGAGGUGGAUGAGGAUAAAUUGCUCGAGCAAAUCUCCAUUGAGGCCAAAGGUUCGCGACUCGAACUCGAGUACGUCCUCGAGACUCUGUUCUCCAUCGACCUGUCAUACAACCAGCUCUCCGGGAGGCUCCCGCAUGCGCUUGGAGAGCUGCGCAGGUUGACGUACUUGAAUUUAGCGCACAAUAAUUUCUCGGGCGAAAUCCCUCAGGUUUUCGGAGAUCUGCUGCAUCUCCAAUCGCUGGAUUUGUCGGCCAACUAUCUCACGGGAAAGAUUCCUGCGGUGCUCAGCAGGCCGAGCUUGAGCUAUCUUAAACUCUCCUACAACUUCCUCGAGGGCGAGAUACCCACGGCGAAUGCAUUCUCCACGAGGUACGAAAUUUCGUCCUUCAAGCCCGGGAACAAUCAGCUCUGCGGACCCCCGCUCGAGACCACUUGUGCGACGCAAGACAGCAACGCAAGCGGAAGCUCGGCCACAUUCGGGGCUCCGUCGUUCGAGCUCCUGGAUGAUGUAUUCUGGCGGGCCUUCGAGAUCGGAAUUCCGAUUGGGUUCGUGAUUCUGAUCGGGGUCGUGAUCGGAAUGCUGAGAACAAUGCCCUGCGCACGACACUGGCUACUCCACACUCAAGAUUUCGCUCGCCAUUUCAAACAAGGUAGAUACGGAGUGUUCAACGAACCGACAUAGACCGUAUCAUUCAGAAAUUGACUGCUGCGUACGCCACUGUUCUCUUUGCACCCACUGGACCACGGGGUCCAGUCCGGGCUUACGAGAUUCCACAUGAAUGGGGACUUGUUGUCCGCCAUAUACAUGUGCUAUUGCUGCUGGGCCUUUAGAUAGCACAAUGUUGUCUGCACUCAGUUGUUGUGUAAAGUAGAGCCAGAUUCCACGACGAUUCAUGAUUGCUGGAUUACUCCCCUUGGAAGCUUUUGUCUCCAAAUGGAGCAUGUUCAUUGUAAUUACAAUGAACAUCGAUCUACUUUUAUGUCAUGAUCAGGAGACUCCUCCGCCAAUUUCACAGACAAUUUAGUACAGCCCGUUCUAAUGCUUCGAAUGGAGACCCGCCACAUGAUAAAUCUAACUCCAAUGAUUGAGCCCCUUCAUUGGAAGACUUACCUUGUUACAACGUUGAUGCAUAUCAGUCCACAAGUUCGAGGAUCGAAACCACUACGGGCCAAAAUAUGGCAGCGCAUCCUUUAUAAUUUGUUUCGAAUAAGACCAUUUAAAUGUAACAAGAAUGAUAAGCAGUUGUAGAACCUUCUCGCA